CAAACUACUGCCAGUUUCCGUGGUCUGUGAGGACGCCUGUACAUGCCAGAUUCGGAUAUCAGACCUUGGAGGCUUAAAAUUGUGGGGUAAGGAGCAGGACUGCGAAGAGAGAAUUUACGGCAGCAGAUCUUUAUUUCUCACAGCCGCUAGUAUGUCGACCACAAGUGCUGAGGAGAGACGUCUGGACGUGCCCUAUGAGGAUUUUAUAAAUAACCUACUCCCACUCUAUUCCGGCCCGCAAGUCACAAUUCGCGUCGGAUCUCCAAGCCACGAAUACAAUCUCCCGAAGGCUCUCCUGUGCAAGCAAUCCCCAUAUUUCAAAGCGACAUUUGAAGGAAACUUUCGGGAAGGAAAAGACCUGUCAGUAGAUUUGAGUGAAGAAGAUGGCGUGAUUUCGAUACGGAGCUUCCAAUUACUAGUGCAGUGGCUAUACCUUGGCCGAGUCAUCUUUGGCGAAUUAGUACCAGAAGAAGCAAUUACCGCUACUAUCGAGUUUGUCAGAAUUGCAGAUAUGUGCCAAGUAACUGGGAUGGAGGCUUUAAUGGCAGAACGUAUUAAGGGCAUUAUCAUGGCCCAACGAGCUACGAAGAACGUGUCUGUGGAUGGGCACUUGAACACCCUUUGCCUUACAACCCAGCAUAUUGUUUCGGCGGCGCUUUUACCCAAAGGACACCCAGUACGUGGUAUAUUGGCCUCGGCAGCAGUUGCGGAAUUUCUUCAAGAAGAUAAACACAAGUUUGUAAAAGAGGCUGAAGACGUUCCCGAAUUUGCGGUCGAUCUUCUUAGGGAGGUGAAGACUGCCCUCAAGAGUCUCACAAUGCCCAGAACGAGCAUAGCUAGCAAACAGGACACAACCUUCAAAGAUCCUAUUACUGGGCAGAUGGUGCAUCUAUAUUAGCAUCUUGAUAGUUGGG